ACGUGACCAGCCAGAUCAGGCCGAUCAUUACGACAGUCGAAAGCGCUAUACGACUGUUUUCGUCGGCGUGAUGGCGGCGUACGGAGGAACAUUUGAAAGCGAGACGAACAUCGAGAAGAAAAAAACAGAGAAGAGGAAACACAGAGAGCAGGUUCUCCAACAGGCGAAGAAGAAGUAUGAGGAUGAGGAGCGGAGGGCGGCGGAGAGGAAGGCGCGAGGUGAAGACACCUGGAUGCUGCCGGAAAUCGACCAGCGGCUGCAGCAGAUUGGUCAGGAGCAUUCACUGAAAAGUAAGACGAAGAAGAAGGAGAAAUCCAAAAAGAAGAAGAAGGAGAAGAAGAAGAAAGCGAAGAAGGAAAAAGCUCAGGAGGAGAACGGCUCGUCGGACAGUUCAGAGGACUCUGAUGAGUGGGUGGAAGCUGCACCCCAGCCAGAGGGCGUGGACAAAGCAUGGAAGGUCUCAGAGCAGGCCACGCCCACUGUCAGCGCAACCAAUAGCAACCAGAGAGAUGAGUGGAUGACGUUCGACUUCCUGGCCAUGAAGACGACGUCCGUUGCAGAGCGACGAGCGCAGAAGGAGGCGGAGAAAGAGGCGGAGCGAGAGAGGGAGCGCAGCGUGGAGCAGGCUGGACUCCACAGGCUGGAGCUCAACCCCUACUGGAAGGACGGAGGAAGCGGGCUGCCCCCAGAGGAGAGCAGCAAUACUGCGCUUAAAAAAGCGGUGAUGGUGGAGGAUGGGGGUCUGAGCUGGUUGAGGAAGUCCUAUCAGAGGAUGAAGGAGCAGGCGGAGAGAGAGCAGCGCAGACUGGACGACAUUGUGGCUGAGAGAUAUGGGUCCAUGGAGCAGUUCCAGAGGAGACUACAGGAGGCAGAAGAGGCAGCCGUCACCCAGAGGAGACCAGAGAGAGAGAGAGGGAGGAGAGAAGAGGGGGAUGAACAGAGGGAGAGAUGGAGGAGAGAUUCAAACAGGGAUGGUCAUCGGGAAGGAGAGAGGGAGCGAGAGAGAGACAGAGAGAGAGACCAGGGGAGAGAUAGAGGGGAGAGAGAGAGAGACCAGGGGAGAGAUAGAGAGGAGAGAGAGAGAGACCAGGGGAGAGGAAGAGAGAAGGAUAGAGAGAGAGAGCGAGAGAGGGAUGGAGAGAGGGAUGGAGAGAGAGAGGAGAGGCGAUCGAGAGAGCUCUCUCUCUCCUCCCUCAGAGGACGCUUCCUCAAGCCGUCCGACUCUGAUGACCCCCCGACCCCGGCGACAAGCUGGAGGAAGCCGGGAGUGACCGCCGCCGCCGCAUCGUCCAAUCAGAGCGCGGUGGGAUUCCUGAAACCUCAAGACGAGGAGGAUGAUGAUGCUCCAGCGUGGAGGAAGAGCAGCGGAGGGAGAGAGUUACAGGAGGAGAGAGAGAGAGCGAGGGAGGAAACGGAGCAGCAGGAGAAAAUCCAGCAGCAGACCAGCGCCGCCCUGGUGGAGAAGAGCAGCUCAGAGAGUGAUGAAGAUGAUGGUGAAGAUGAGGAAGAGGCUCCACUCCUGACGGAUGAAGAGAUGAACAAACUCGGAGCCAAACUGGUGAAAGCUGAGCUCAUGGGCAACACGGCCCUGAUAGACUCUCUGAGGGCUCAGCUGGACGCUGCACGGAAGGCCAGAGAGAAUCGGCCGCAGAAGCCCCCCGCCAGACCACCCUCACAGGGAGCAGUUCAGGCAGAGGCGGAUAAGGACUUGGUUUUGUUCAGAACCGACCAUUCUGGAAGAGCGUGGCCGGUCAGUGGACCCUCCCAGCACGUGGAGCCAAAAGGAGGGAGACGGAAGAGGAAAGCGAUCGAGACACACGUCUCCGGCGAGCGCGUGCGCUACUUUGAGGAUGACGAUGGUGUGGAUUUGAGGGAGAUGGUGCGUCGGGAGAAAAUGAGCUCAGCGGAGGAUCAGAACGCCCUCUACUCGCGCAUGGCCGCUAGGAUGAUGGGGAAGCAGGACGGCGAUAACUACACUCUGGACGACAUGUUCGUGUCGAGCGCGGCUCAGAAGGAGCGGGCGGGGCUGGACGAGGAGCGCCAGCGCAGCAGAGCGAUGGAGGAGACGCGCAGACUGGCCAGCCGCAUGGAGAAAUGUCCUCACUGCUUCACCAACCCGGAACUGCCCAAACACCUCAUCAUCGCCAUCGGAGCAAAGGUGUAUCUGAGUCUGCCGAACAGUGUGUCUCUGACGGAGGGUCACUGUUUGAUCGCCCCACUGCAGCACCAAUGCUCCUCUACUGGCCUCGACGAGGAUGUGUGGAACGAAAUACAGGUGUUCCGGCGCGCGCUGGUCAGGAUGUUUGAAGCUCAGGAUCUGGACUGUGUGUUUUUGGAGACGCAUAUGAGCCCUAAGAGGCGUCUGCACCUGCUGUACGAGUGUGUUCCUCUGCCUCGGGAACUCGGAGACACAGCGCCCAUUUACUUCAAGAAGGCGCUGAUGGAGUGUGAUGAGGAGUGGGCCAUGAAUAAGAAGGUGGUGGAUCUGUCCUCCAAGAACAUCCGACAGGCUGUUCCUCGUGGUUUGCCGUAUUUCUCUGUGGAUUUCGGUCUGCAGGGCGGAUUCGCUCAUGUCAUCGAGAACGAGCAGAAGUUUCCUCACUAUUUUGGGAAGGAGGUUCUGGGCGGGAUGCUGGACCUGGAGCCGCGGCGCUGGAGGAAGCCCAUCCGGGAGAACUUUGAUGAUCAGAGAAAGAAGGUGCUGCAGUUCUCUCAGUGGUGGAAACCAUUUGACUGCACCAAGACUGACAGCUAGACUCGGCCAAUGAGCGUCCUCGAGGGCAUGUUCAGACUCUUAGCUGGAGCUGUGAUUGGUUCAUUUAGAAGUACAUCACAGCACUGGGUUUUGAAGGGGAACUCCACAGAUUUUUCAAAAUUCCUGCUUAAUUAACUGGUUGAGAUGUAAACAGAGUCGUUCAGGGUGGUUUGGUGUGAAACUCUCUGUCCUAGAUAAACUUACCAAGUCAGAA